GUAAAAUAAAAAACGUGCCAGACGAACUGAACGCGGUGUGGUCAAGUGCGGUGCGUAUUUACAGCACGGCGCGGCGGGUCCCCACGUUGCCGCUGGUGUCUCUUAUCGGUAAUUAGACACACAUAAAUAGUUCAUCUUGUUAUUCCCGUCACAUAUAUCGCGAGUGACGGUCGAGAGGUCGUAUCGGUACUGUGCUGAUGAAAUCAACCGUAACUAUCCAAGAAGUAGUGAACAAAUUAGAUCACCUGUCCUUACCACUAACUACCAGAAUGCCUAACAUCAAAGUGUUCAGCGGGAGUUCCCACCCAGACCUAGCGCAAAAGAUCGUUGAUCGCUUGGGGAUCGAUCUAGGAAAGGUAGUAACCAAGAAGUUUAGCAACAUGGAAACAUGCGUGGAAAUAGGUGAAUCUGUACGUGGCGAGGAUGUUUACAUUGUGCAGAGUGGUAGCGGCGAGAUUAAUGACAAUCUCAUGGAGCUACUGAUCAUGAUUAACGCCUGUAAGAUUGCUUCUGCAUCUCGAGUGACAGCCGUGAUCCCGUGCUUCCCUUACGCGCGACAGGACAAAAAAGACAAGAGUCGAGCGCCAAUUACUGCAAAACUUGUUGCCAACAUCCUGUCAGUGUCUGGUGCCGACCACAUUAUCACAAUGGACCUCCAUGCAUCGCAAAUUCAAGGAUUCUUCGACAUUCCUGUGGAUAACCUCUUUGCUGAACCUGCUGUUUUGAAGUGGAUCAAGGAGAAUAUUCCUGACUGGAAGACCAGUAUUGUAGUGUCUCCUGAUGCUGGAGGUGCCAAGAGAGUCACAUCUAUUGCUGACAGAUUGAAUGUAGAGUUUGCUUUGAUUCACAAAGAGAGGAAAAAGGCUAAUGAGGUGGCUUCUAUGGUGCUUGUUGGUGAUGUAAAGGAUAGGACCGCAAUCCUGGUAGAUGACAUGGCAGACACUUGUGGAACAAUCUGCCAUGCUGCAGAGAAACUCAUAGAAGCAGGUGCCAUUAAGGUGUAUGCUAUACUGACUCAUGGUAUUUUCUCUGGACCAGCUAUCUCAAGGAUCAACAAUGCAUGCCUAGAAGCUGUUGUCGUCACAAACACAAUCCCGCAGGAGAGGCACAUGCAGGAGUGUCCCAAAAUCCAGUGUAUUGAUGUGUCUAUGAUGCUUGCGGAGGCUGUGAGACGUACACACAAUGGAGAAUCUGUAUCCUACCUAUUUUCUAAUGUUCCAUAUUAGUAUAAUUUUCUUUAUUUUUACACAUGAUAUUUUACUAUAAUAUAGGUGAGUGUUAUGAUUCGUAUCAUAAAAAAUGGCAUGUAACUUGUAACAUUACUUGUACUGUUAUUGGCUUGAGUAAAACUUAGUGUUACA